CCCUUUUCGCAGGUUUCCCUGCACAUUUCUCUGCCUGUCAUCCACGGGGGUCGUUCGUUAGUCGGCAACAGAAAAUAAUCAGAUAAAAAAACCCAACAACAUAUAUAUCUGCAUAUGGAAAUAGAGAGAAAACAGCAGCGACGCGUGCUCCUCUCCUCCUCCUCCUCCUCCUCUCCUCCUCCUCCUCAGAUGAGUUUGUGAAGAGGGAGGGCAGGGCAGCUGGUGCUCCUCUCAUCCUCUCUCCUCCAGUGGCGUCCAGAGGGAAGCGGUGUGAGCCAUGACUCUGAGCUCGGAGAUGUCGGAUGCCUCCAUCAUCUCGGAAGAGACCGACAUAGACGUGGUGGGCGAAGGGGAGGACGCGGACAGCCACACGCGCUCCUACGUGGACGAGGUGGCGCAGAUGCACGAUGGGAUCCUCCUGGCCGGCUCUUCUCCUCCUCCGUGCCUGGACACCUCCACCACCUCCAGGGACACGUACAAGCCGGCGGGCAAGAACACACUGGUGAAGCCUCCUUACUCCUACAUCGCCUUAAUCACCAUGUCCAUCCUGCAGAGCCCCAAGAAGAGACUCACACUCAGCGAGAUCUGCGACUUCAUCAGCAACCGCUUCCCCUACUACAGGGAGAAGUUCCCGGCCUGGCAGAACUCCAUCAGACACAACUUGUCCCUCAACGACUGCUUCGUGAAGAUACCGAGGGAGCCCGGGAAUCCCGGGAAGGGCAACUACUGGACCUUGGACCCGGAGUCGGCUGAUAUGUUUGACAACGGGAGUUUUCUGCGGCGGAGGAAGCGCUUCAAGCGGCAGCAGACGCAGCAGGACUUGCUACGGGAACACAACACUUUUAUUCCCGCGGCUGCCGCAGCCGCAGCCGCCGCAGCCGCGUAUGGGUACGGACCGUACGGCUGCGGAGGAUACGGCAUCCAGCUGCAGUCCUACCACACGCACUCUGCGCUUUUUGCGUUCCAACAGCAGCAGCAACAGCAGCAGCAGCAGCAGCAGCAUCAUCACCAUCACUCCAGGCAUUCACAUUCACACACGGGAACCAUUAUCCCCGCUCCCUCUUUGAUGCCCACCACCACCACGGACUUAGCCAGGAGUAGUAGGUUUUACCCGCAGCUCAGCUCCAGCCUGAGCGCAGCAGCGGGCGCAGGAGCCCCGCUGCAGAAAUCCAGCUCCCCGGUGCAGCGCUCUCCCUUCUCCAUAGAGAGCAUCAUAGGCGGCUCACUGAGCCCCUCCAGGACUUCUCCCUCCCUUGUCCCCGUCUUACCCUCCUCUCUGGGGCCUCCACUGUCCGGCCAGCCGCAGAUACAGACCGUGCACCCCGGAGCUGCUGUUUUACACCCGGCUGAAAACUUUCCCAGCAGAGUGGUGAGCGGCACCAGCGGCUGUUAAUUCACCAUGUCUGAACUGCAAAAACUUUUCCCAGCAAAAGUUAGAACAAAAAAAAAAAAAAAAGAGAGAGCGAGAGACAUGCAGCAACAAAUCAAAAA